UUUGCCCGCACAAAUAGCUUUCGUUCAAGUUCAGCAUCAUUUUAUCCGAUUUAGAUCGACUAAUAGGUGGGAGAUGAAUCGAAGUAGUACGACGGUUAAUGGAAGUGAAAGGCAGGCCAAGUUUGUCCAGGAUAGGAUUAAUCAAGUGGAGAAGUACUUUGGUUUCCUGUGUCAAACAUUUGGGUCAAUCACAAGGAAGAAUGCUCGAUUAAGAGAUAAAUCUGAUAUCCUGACCACACAUGUCUUGAGCUACGCUGACAAUGAGAGCAUAAAUCACUCCACUCGCAAAUGUUUGGUAGAAUUUGCUGGCAAUUAUGGCACAGUACAGGAUUACAGACAAGCUCAGGUGGAAAGACUGGAAGCAAAAGUCGUCAAGCCACUGAGUAAUUAUGGGAACGUAUUCAAGAAACUUAAGGCGGAUUUAAAAAGAGCUAUUGCUUCAAGAAAGAAGGAAAUGAAGCAGCAGAAGAGUCUACAGACAGCCAAGGAAAAGAACACCGGAAACCCCAACCUAAUUGCUGAAAAUGCUUUACAGCAUGCCAGUGAAGAUGCCAGCAGGUCAAGUAAAGAACUGGAAGAUAGCAUGAACAGAUUUGAGAAGAACAAGAUCACUGAUUUGAAAAAAGUUCUGAGUGAUUAUGUUAAAAUAGAGAUGUCCUUCCACAGUAAGGCAUUGGAGUAUCUCACCAAGUGUUCCCAGAAUCUAGAAGCUAUAGAUGAGGAUGAAGAUUUAACGGAGUUCAAGAACUCAUUGCGUGAAUUCCGUGGCGUUCCUUCCAUCUUGCCCCGCCAGGGCGAGAUGUCAAAUCAGCCGGGCGUGUCCAGCAAUGUUAACCAACGCCCAGGGAAUACCCUUACCAGCACAGCCAGGGAACAGACCCUUACCUCCAGUGGGAUGUACAGCACAGAUGGCAUUGAUGAUGACGAUGAUGAUGAUGACUUGUCAGAUGAUGAUGAUGAUGGCUAUGAAUACAGGCGAUGAUCCACAAUGACAUUCAAGUCCUUCAUUAUACUCAGUCAUCAUCAGCUUCAUGUACCAUGAGUUUAUAUUCAGCAAUGGUGUCCUCUGUUAAUGAUCAAUGAUGAGAGUUUAUAAAAGAACUUCAUAGAUUUUGGCAUAUAGACUUUUUUUAGAUGAUUAUUUAAUUUAACAUAUAUAACAUUCAGUAACUGUGAUGUAGAAUAUUUUGUGGAUAAUAAUUUCCAUCAUAUGCCAUUUUGCAUGUGAAACUUACCUAUUAGUUUGUUCCAAGAUGCUAAUGUCUGCAAAAUGUUAAAAUGAAAUUGAAUUUAAAAUUCAGUUAGCUUUGUUUGUACUGACACUACCAAUAUU